GAAACCUGCUGUGUUCUCUGACAACCAUCUGCUGUUAUAUAGCGUCUUGCUUUUCCUGAAGUAGAAGAAAUGAGCUGGGGAUUUCUCCGAGAUAUUCUAAGUGGAGUGAAUAAAUAUUCAACUGGAAUUGGCAGAAUUUGGCUAGCUAUUGUGUUCAUAUUCCGCCUGCUUGUCUACGUUGUAGCUGCAGAACAUGUCUGGAAGGAUGAACAGAAGGAGUUUGAGUGUAACAUUAAGCAACCUGGCUGCGAAAAUGUCUGUUUUGACCACUUUUUCCCAGUUUCCCAAGUAAGGCUUUGGGCCUUGCAACUGAUCAUGGUCUCUACUCCAUCACUUCUUGUCGUUCUCCAUGUGGCUUAUCGCGAGAGUCGAGAAAAGAGACACAGAACCAAGCUCUACAAGGACCCAGGGAGUAUGGAUGGUGGAUUGCUAUGCACUUAUCUCAUCAGCCUCCUUUCCAAAACAGGUUUUGAAAUAGGUUUCCUCUUUCUGUUUUACAAACUUUACGGUGGAUUUGAUGUUCCCCGCCUGGUGAAAUGUGAUAUGAAUCCAUGUCCUAACACUGUUGACUGCUACAUAUCCAAGCCCACUGAGAAGAAAGUCUUCCUCUAUAUUGUGGUGGUGACGUCUUGCUUGUGCAUAGUCUUAAAUGUAAUUGAAUUCAGCUAUUUGAUUUUCAAAUAUUCUAUCAAAUGUUGCUUCAGGAAUUAUAUCAAGAGAGCUCAAGGCUCCAAACGUGAAAACAAAAGGUUGAAUCCUACAGACCACAAUGGAACAACCUUGCCUCUUGGAAAUGAUUCAACCACUGUCUUUGGUAUCCAUGGUGCAGAUGAAAAAAAACCACCCAUCAGCCAGCUUGAAGAAUAAAAGCACACAUUACAUUAAAAACACACACAUAUUAAUUACUUUAAAAUGGAUACUGAGAUAAUAGGACAGCUUGAGGAUUUUAGCCAGCAGGCUAUGUAUGUUUUUUUACAAAUAAAAUUAUUUUACGGUUCACCAAGAUUAAAGAGCCAGGUACUGGUUUGAAUGUUGUACAACUCUGGAGAGCAGGGUUCAAAUUCCUGCUCAGCCAU